AUUUGGGUUUCUUUCUCGAUCAAGAAAGAGAGAGAAAAACUCUUGCAUGUUUUUGAAGCCAUUAAUUAUGUUUUGGAUUUUCUUGCUAAGUCGAUUGCAGAUUUUUGCCGUCAGUAUUGGAAUGGGCAGCUGCGAUUGAUCGAACAUGGAGUUCAUCGUCCUGUUAGUCGUGUUCCUCGCGUCACUGUUUCUGGUUGAAGCAUCAGUAGAAGCUCUGACGAAACCACUCUUCAUCAACUGCGGCUGCAAGUCCAGCAUCACAGUGGAAGGCAGGCAAUGGGUCGGCGACUCGAGUCCCGGCCAAAGCUUCACAUUGUCCUCUGUUGGAGUCGCGGCGGCGGCUGCUGCUGCAUCCACGAUCGCGGAAGACCCGAUCUAUCAAACUGCGCGGAUCUUUAACACCUCGACGAGCUUCGACUUCACAGUGCCCCAUGGGAACUACUUCAUCAGGCUCCACUUCCGCCCCUUCGAUUUUGGCAGCUUCGACGCCAACGCUUCCUCCUUCGAUUUGCUCGCCAACGAUCUCCAGCUGCUCUCCAAGUUCAACGCCCCGGGCGAGAUCGGUUGGAGGAACGCGAGGAGCAACUCGAACGCCAGCUCUCUGUUGAAGGAGUACUCCCUCUGCGUCAACCUCGCCCAGCUCAGGAUCGAGUUCGUCCCCGAACUCGGUUCCUUCGCCUUCGUCAACGCCCUCGAGCUGAUUCCGGCCGUCGACGAGCUGUUGUUCCCUUCCAGCUCCGGGAUCGAGACCAUGUACAGGUUGAACGUGGGCGGCCGAGAAAUCAAGCCGAGCGAAGACGGAGCCUUGUGGAGGAAGUGGAACUCAGACGGGCAGUUCAUGUUCUCGGUCAACGCGGCGUACAACAUCAGCAACACUUCUACUGUGACCUACUCCUCGCCGGUCAACGACACCGCCGUCUUCGCGCCGUUGCUGGUGUACGAGACGGCGCGGACGAUGACCGACAACCAGGUGGUGGAGAGGAGAUUCAACGUGUCGUGGAGGUUCGACGUGGAUCCCAACUUCGAUUACCUUGUCCGGUUGCAUUUCUCCGAGCUCGUCUACGACAAGCCGAACCAGAGGAUUUUUAGGAUUUAUAUAAACAACAAGACUGCUGCGGAGAACUUCGAUGUGUUCGUUCGAGCCGGCGGGAAGAACAAGGCGUACCACCAGGACUACGUGGAGGCGAUCUCGCCCAAGGUGGACUCGCUUUGGGUGCAGUUGGGGCCAAAUUCGCUGUCGAGCGGAUCCGGCGCGGACGCCCUGCUCAACGGCGUCGAGAUCUUUAAGCUGAGCCGGAACGGAAUUCUCGCUCAUGCUCAUCCGCGAAUCAGCGCGGCGCAAGGUAACAAAAUCGCUCAUAAGCCGAAGAAUAAGACUUUAUGGGCGGCCGCCGCCGCCGCCGCCGCCGCUGUCGGAUUAGUGGGCAUCGCUUCGUUGCUUUAUGUUGGUUUAUUACAGCGCGUGAAGAAAACGCCGCCAGCGAAGAAGAGUCCUCCGGGAAGCACAAAGAAUGCGGCGGCGAUCAAGAGUUCGCUCAGCUCGACCAAGAACAGGGUCGGGAGAAGAUUCAGCGUGGCAGAGAUUAAAAUUGCGACUAGGAACUUCGACGAGGAGUUGGUGAUUGGAGCAGGGGGGUUCGGUAAAGUUUACAGAGGCGAAAUCAACGAGGGGGUGACGGUGGCGAUCAAGCGAGCCAAUAGGCAAUCGGAGCAGGGAGUGAGAGAGUUCGAGACGGAGAUCGAGAUGCUGUCGAAACUCCGUCACCGGCACCUGGCGUCCAUGAUUGGGUUCUGCGACGAGCAAGGGGAGAUGGUGCUGGUGUACGAGUACAUGGCGAAUGGCACGCUGCGGAGCCACCUCCUGGGCGGCGACCGGCCGGCGCUCACGUGGCGGCAGCGCGUGGAGGCGUGCAUCGGCGCCGCCCGGGGACUGCAUUACCUCCACACAGGGGCGGAGCGGGCGAUCAUCCACCGGGACGUGAAGAGCACCAACAUAUUGCUGGACGAGAACUUCGUGGCGAAGGUAGCGGACUUUGGGCUGUCGAAGGACGGGCCGGCGGUGGACCGGACGCACGUUAGCACGGCGGUGAAGGGAAGUUUCGGGUACCUGGACCCGGAGUACUUCCGCCGGCAACAGCUAACGGAGAAGUCGGACGUGUACUCGUUCGGGGUGGUGUUGCUGGAGGUGGUGUGCGCGCGGCCGGUGAUCGACCCGAGCCUGCCGCGGGAGCAGAUCAGCCUGGCGGAGUGGGCACUGCAACAGCCGUCGGCGGAGCGGAUCGUAGACCAGCGGCUGAAGGAGGAAGAGGGGUUCUCGCCGGAGUCGGUGGCGAAGUUUGUGGAGAUCGCCGAGAAGUGUCUGGCUGACGAAGGGAAGAGGCGGCCGACAAUGGGAGAGGUGCUGUGGCUCCUGGAAAAUGUGUCAUAACUGCACGAGGUGCCCAUGAAGAAUAUGCGUAAAGGCCCAGUCAGUUAGUUUUGCGAAUACAGUUAUUUGUUGCAUUCUGUGGUUCAUCGUUUACGUAGGUGAGUGUCUUUGUUUUUCCUGUGAAACCACUCGAAAAACAAUGUAUAAUAUAAGGAACUACUAAGUCCACUCUGAAAUCUCACUAACCUAAUUCUUCGUACACUAGCAACAAAUCAGCAUGAGUGAACUUGUGUCUGAGUUUUACUAA